AUCGCAAUGUCUGGCUCAAAGGAGCCAGCACUUGACGAGAUCCAAUGGCGGUCUCCUGCAAUUGCCCAAUCUAUGGGUGGCAUUCAUACAAAUACUGUUCUUCCGUAUUUCUCACAUUCUCCCUUCUUCGAUUCGACUUCAAAUAAUGCUAUCCUCACGACUCAGGCUACCUUCAACAUGGCCAUGUUUCACUUCAUACAAACGAGGGAGGCAUUCGAAGGCCGAUUGCGCACAAUGCAAGGUCUUGAAUUUAUGGUAGCUCAUACACCCUCGCAACCGCCACAUGGAGGAAUGCCUCUUGGGCCACCCGACGAGAAUACGACUGGGGCAUGGAUCAUUCGAAAACAGAUUCGUCGCAAGCGUCCUGGCGCUGAGGACGAGAUCACGGUGCUUAGCUCGUACUUCGUAGUAGGCGAGAAUAUCUAUAUGGCUCCGUCUGUGAGCAACGUUAUUGGCAGUAGAAUGUUGUCAACAGUCACCUCAUUGACGCGUUUCCUCUCCACUGCGUCCUCUUUGCCCAUUUUCUCGCCGUCCCUCGGACAUAUCUAUAUUCCGCCGGUUCCACAACAACAAGCGACGAGCUUUGCGGGAACAUCGACGCAGGUCAGCAAAGAGAACACUCCCAUGCCAGAUUCGGCGAGUCAAGCCCAGAGCCAAGGAAAUGGUUCCAAAUCGGCUGGUAUCGCGGUCAACACGGCUGCAAGUUCAGUUCAAGAACUCCGCGCGCUAGAGGAUUCCUUUGCUCUUUCCUUAAAAUAUGCUGGCAAUGAAUAUAUGGAUGACAAUCCGCUUGUGGGCGAGCCCGGAUCUUUCAUCAUUUCAACAGGACGAGGUCCCCAAUCUACCAGCACAGCAACUCCUCAGCCCCCAACAGCAAAAAUAACUUCUCUACCUUCAAGACCAUCUGCUCCUCCUACUCCGCAGCCUAAGUCUCUCCCAUCGCCAGCUGCGGCUGUGGCUGUGGCUGGCAAGAAAUCAGCAAGGAGUGCGACUAGCGAAAAGAACCCUACAGUUGCCGGACCAAAGCCCAAAAGACGCAAGAGUAAAGUCGGUGGCUCGGCGACUUCUCCAACCACUCCCACAACUCCUGGAGGCGCAAGCCCGAAAUGAUGGGAGGAAAAUUGUUUUCUUGCCCCUAGCUCAAGCUGAUUUCCAGCUGUUUUAAAAUAAGGAGUUUGGUGGGCAUUUAGGAGAAUCUGAAUGACUUAAUGCAUACUUUUAGGCGUUUGAAAGGGGAUAAAUUUUGGGCAGCGCACGCGCUUCUCACAAAAUCCUGGGCAUUUUUUAGAUACCUGCAUCUGGCGGAGC